UUUUCGAGCUAUUUUUGUAGUCGCACCCAGACAUUUUCAAUAUCGUGUAUCCUACUACUUAGCGUAUGAGAGCAGUUAAUUGACAAACGACACUCUCCUCAGGUCACACUCACCAUAUGAAUGGCUACGCUAUCCCUGUUCCAGCUGGACCUAUUUCUUCCAUAACCACAACACAAGGAGCUGCACUGCCUUUACAACGGGGGCGAGGUGAAGAGCAAACAAGCAGUAGGUAUGAUGCAGAUCAUACGGUUCUUUCCGGAGUAGUAAUUGAUUGGGGCCAUGGCUGGGGCUGGGGCCAAGCAGCCUGGGUGGCGCAGAUGUGCGCUGUCCAAAACGAAGCGGGAGCAGUAGGUUCGUCUUUCCACUACCAGUCUUCGUCAGCUGCGGAGGAUUACACGAUGGGCGGAUGUGACGAAAUAGACUGGAGUGCGUUUGGUGAUUUUGGAUUUUAAAGGCCACCCUUGAUGGGGCUGGAGCAACGGAUUCUCGAUUAUUCAUAAGUGACAUCUAGCAUGUUUCAGAUCAAUACAUGUGAAUAUUGAUCUUAUCGCAAUUUUGUAUGUGCAUAUUUAAUAUUUUGUAAACUACUCGUAACCCUGUAAAUCAAUUGAUGUAUUUUUACAUGGACUACAGUACUCGCCAUAAAUGAUUGAAAAACAAAUAUAGAUGAACAAACAAACACGUUCUGCUUAAACUGUUAAAUCUUGACAGUAUGAAUUUAAGAAUUGACAGGACAGACAAAAUUAGAAAUUCUCUCAUUUGCAUAGAUACUGAAAAAAUCAUACCAGUAAAAGUAUUCAAAAUAUUUCAAACAGUAACAUAUCCAUUAUCCUUUCUAAUUUCUUUCGAUGUUUGUGAGAUAUUCUAGAAAUCGUUCUCGUCAAAUCAAGGGUAUGUGUAAAAUGUAUAAACAUUAUCGACUGUGAUCUAAGCCGUCUAGCACAUUGGGACAAGUAACAUUGGAAAUUGAAUUGAAUUGAACAACUGCACCUCCUUUACUGUACAAACACUCCAAUCUACAGCUCUACAUGCAGGAAUUUAGAGUGACAAGUCGGUGAGCUGGAGGUCAUCUCUGUUUAGGGGCGCAACAGAAGUUUAAUGCCUCCAAGCCUCCAAGACAAUGUUACAAGAAGCUUCAUGACGCUCAUCCGGUUGCGGUGGAUGGCCGAACUCUACGAAGUAGCCAAUCAUUUCGGCUGGUCAGAGUCCAGAUGACUUGAUCUGGAGGAACAUCUCGUCAAUAGCGGCUGCUGCUGGGAAAAAGCUCACCUAUUUGUAUAAGGCUAGACAGUACUUUCCUCCAGAUGACUUCCUCACUCCGCAUGUUUAGAGUGCUUGCUCCCAGAUUACGUUGUCCUUGCUCAAUGGGACUCUUUCCCCCUGGCGGGCCGUCGGCGAUCUAGCUCUCUUCUACCGGUGCACUAGCGCACUCUGCUCCUCAGAACUCUCGUCCAUGAUACCGCCACGUGAUGUGCCUGCCAGACCCACUUGACUUCGGGCUCACAUCCUCACCGUGUCGAACUUCGAACAUCCAGAACUGACCAAUACGACCGCUUCUUUGUACCUAGGGUAUUGAAAGUGUGGAACUAUCAAGAUGAGGAGGCUUUUCUCAGAUCUUCUAACCUUAGGUAGAUCAAAAAUCGGAAUAACAAAGUAUCAUUGGGAUCCUUAUAGCAGUCCUGGCAUUUAAGCUGCUUCAGUGUAAAAAAAAGAUACGCAGUAACAUUUAGAGCUAUGGAUGUUGUACGAGUCCAUACAGGGUGUCCCACGGAAAAUUACAGCGACCGAUUACUCAACAAGUAGGAGCACGACGGUUAUGACAAUUGUGGGUGAUAGAAGUAAUUCGAUUAAAAUAGUUUUAAAAUGGUAGCACUUGCAGAUGUAC